AUGACCCCUGAAGAAAAGGCUGCUUUGAGGGAUUCGUCCACCCUUAUCAUUGCCGCACCCAUCUCAAAGUCCAAGGUUCAACCCGGCGAAGCCAAUUACAAGCUCCUCCUUCUCCAACGCAGUCGUCUCGGAACCUCUGCCAGCGCCCACGUCUUUCCAGGUGGCAAUGUUGACAAGGCCGAUCAUGACCCCCGUUGGGCUACUUUGUUGAACUACAAGCCCAAAGGUCCCAACGACCCCCCACUUCACAAUGCCAUCUGUGCAAUCCGUGAGGCAUUCGAAGAGUCUGGAGUAUUGGUCUGCGAUCCCCCCACCGAGCUGUCGAACGACGAAAUCCGAGUCUGGCGCGAAAAGGUUCACAACGACGGCAGGGAAUUCUACAACCUCUGCACAUCCCACAACCUCAAACCCUCCGUCGAUCGUCUGACUCAUUUCUCGUCCUGGAUCACCCCACCCGUCGAGCCCAAGCGGUUCCAUACUCAGUUCUAUCUGACCGUUUUGCCCUGGUCCCGCGACUCGUUCUCGGACUCGCGUGUGUUUGCUGAUGGCAAGGAGACGACCCGUUUAGAUUGGUUCACGCCCGCGGAGGCUUUGGAAGCUUACCGCCAGCAGUCGAUCCAGACAUUCAUGCCCCCACAGUUUGUCUCGAUUGCUCACCUGUUGCCGUUCAAGAAGCAUGAGGAUUUGCAGCAGCAUUUUAGCACCCGUGAGAUUAUGACCAUCAUGCCCGAGUUCCAGAUGGUGUCCCAGGACGACGAUGGUCUCCAUCUUAUCGGUGUCCUCCCCGGCGACGAGGAGCACUCUGUGGAUAUCAGGAAGGGCCAUCGCCACCGUGUCCAUAUCACCAAGAACAAGAAAGGCAUGAAUGUCAAGUCUUAUAUCCAUGGCCCCACCGAGAUCAAGGCCAGACUCUAG